AUGUCAUCUACGAUAUCAUCGCUCUUCUCCUUAGAAGGCCGCACCGCCGUCGUCACAGGGGGCACCCGAGGCAUCGGUCAGGCCAUGGCGCUCGCCCUGGCCGAGGCGGGCGCUGAUAUCAUCCUGGUUCAGCGCGAUGAGACCAGCACCACAACCAGGGAUGAGGUUGCUAACCGUAUCGGUCGCAAAGUGCACAUUCACGUGGCCGAGCUAUCCGAUCGCAAGGCUGUCAAGGAGAUCAUCCCGGCCGUGGUGAGCCAGGGCUUCAAGCCGGACAUUCUGCUGAACUGCGCCGGCAUUCAACGAAGACAUCCCAGCGAGAAAUUCCCCGAUGAGGAUUGGGACGAGGUCCUCGAAGUCAACCUUUCUCAAGUCUUCGUUCUGUGCCGCGAGUUCGGCGCAUACCUGCUGUCCCGCGACGGCUCUGAAUUUCCCUCCGGUCGCCGAGGCUCAAUUAUCAACGUUGCCUCUCUCCUGACCUUCCAGGGUGGUAUCACCGUCCCCGCCUACGCUGCGUCCAAGGGUGGCAUCGGUCAGCUUACCAAGGCCCUCUCGAAUGAGUGGAUCGCCAAGGGCAUCAAUGUGAAUGCCAUUGCUCCUGGGUACAUUGCGACGGAUAUGAACACGGCUCUCAUCAACGACGAGAGCCGAAAUGCAGGCAUCAUGGCCAGAAUUCCGGCCGGUCGGUGGGGUCAACCGGAGGAUUUCAAGGGCGUGGUGGUCUUCUUGGCGAGCUCUGCCAGCAGCUAUGUGUCCGGUGAAAUCAUCACUGUCGAUGGCGGAUGGAUGGGCCGGUGA